AUGUCCGGUGAACAUUUCAACCUCACUCCUCCCCUCGUUCCUGCAAGAAGAUCUCAGGAUCUACUCGAAGCCGGACAAGCCAUUUCCGCAUCUCUCUCACCUUUCGACAAUUCCAUCUCAGUUUUCGCGACCAACGCUGUACAGCUUGUCCAUUCCAAUUCACGUAUCCACUCAACCUAUUUCCAGCAUGCAUCCCAGCCAACUAAACGCCCCUCCGACGAAGAGCAACCCAUCUACUUUUCCAACAUUGAUGCUGUUCCAUCUUCAGAGAGAAGACUCUUCAUCACAGACACCCUCGUAAUAUUCGCUGCCUUCCAAAACCUAUUAAAGAGCGCCAAAACAAAAGACCCCGACUGGAUGCAGAACGACGAUAAUCUAACAGUGAUGCGCAAACUUUCCAUUGACUACGUCAACUUCAUUAAGGAAUGCUGGAUUCACGCGUCACAUGACAUUCCUAGGCCCGAAGGACCCCUUCAGUUCAGCGCAGAUCAUUAUCGCAGCCUCUACACCUGUUUCUCCCUUUUUGUGGUUCUAUACUUACCGGAACCGGGUUACGAGGAGGCUCCCGUCGGAGAAGAUCUGAUGGAAUGGUUGAACAUCCACUUUAUCGAGCCUUCUACGGAAGAGGGCGACCAUUUAAGCUCUCUACAAGCGCCCUGGGAAGACGAUUCAUUUUGGCCAUAUUUGACCAGGCAUCUCAUAAUAUCAAGGGCAACGUUACGGGGCUUGUCCAAGGCCUCUGUUUUCUUCUUUAACACGCUUUCUGAGCACCCUUCAGUUGACCUUCGUGAUCUAGCGGAAAAAAUAGCUGCGAUAAUUGCAUCGCAACCCCGCCUUCAGAAUUUUGCGGCCGAAAAAGAUUUUGCGAGCGCCUCCCGAAGAUGGAAAGACCAAGUCAAAGCCAUCCGUGUCGAAAUGGAACAGAUACCGGAGGGUGAAAGAUUUGACGAGUUUGACAAUUGGUGGGAUCGUUUGAGUGACAUUGUGGGUGUCUUGGAAGGUCGGGGCGAAAUGGUGGAACGCAUCUGUGCGGAACUCGGGGCGGACUGGAAAGAAGUCUGCGCGGCCUGGGGCGUUUUCGUUGAACCCAGACUUCGGCGACAAGAAUUACCUGAAGUCGUCGAAAGAAUUCUGGAUAGUCUGCCACCUGACCCUACCAAUCUCGAAGACAUGGUACACACAACUUUGCUUUCAGGCAAGCCGUUAGACGCGCUACUACAUGCCUCUCAGCUCGAUCGAUGGCUUUCUGCUCACCUCGCUGAUAUUAUGGAGCCAUUAUCUCUCCUCACAGGACUUGAGGAAGACGGUAUAUCGGUUCGAGAUGAGCAUAUUUUGGCAUAUGCCGACUACCUCCACUCAGAUCCAGCUCUAUGGAGAAUAACUGUGGAAUACAUGUACUCGUGCGGAGAUGUCGGAAAAGAGAGAGGCGAUCAAGUCCUUAUUCGUGUGCCUCUGCGACUACAGGCAAAAGGAGAGCAAGCCGAAGAAGGUCAGAUUCAUGCGGGAAACGUGGUAGGGGUCCUCAAAGACGUUAAUCAAACCUGCUUCGAUUAUAAAAGGGAGGCGGCUAGGCGGACCGUUUGCAGAAUAGCAGCUCAAAGCUUCGUCCGCGAAAAAGACUAUGGUCUUGCUGUCUCAUACUGCUGCUCCGCUGAAGAUUGGCAAGGCCUUGGUCGGGUUGUUGACUGCUUGCUGGAAGAAUAUAUUGCCAGCGGGCCUGCUUCCUUUGCACAAUACGCUUCCGACAUUGCUCCAUCGCUUCAAAAUCUAGGUUCGCAGCAAGCCAUCUCCCACGGUGUCUUUAUUCACCGACUCAUGUUCGCGGUUCGGUAUUCAAACUUCCAGCAACUUCGAACAAAGUACGAUCAGUCCCAAAACGCUGCUUUAGAUUUGGUCGCCAUGCUACGAGACCAUAUCGCUCCGAAAUCCUGGUGGGCUGUGCUCUUGUGUGACGCCAUCGACCUCCUGCAAAAUCCGUCAAUGCUCCUGUUUUCGACUGCAGGUGCCGCUGAAUUACUGAACAAACUGGAGGAAAUUUUCACGCGGUCUGCCCAAGGCGAUGGUGCUGAUUAUCUCGAUAUCUUAGCUCGGACGAUCCGUGGAGGCGGUCACAAGGAGGCAUUGGAACGGUUAAAAACCGUCCGCCUUGCGCUCGCAAAAUAUUUUGCUAGAUCUGCGGUAUUAAGUCCCUGA